CUUUACGAUCCAGCUAAGGCUCGCAAGUUCAUCGUUUGCAUCUCCCAGCUAUGUGCCGCGCAUAGUACAGUGACGGCCACUGAGUUGUCGAAGCAGCUCGGUUGCAAUUUAUCUUGAUUCUGGCGGCUAAACAAUUUUCCGUGUGCCUAAAUUAGUCAAUCAACUCAACUCUAAAGCAAACCCAGAGUUGAAUUAAGCGGAGAGCGGUCCGUACUAGGCGGCGGCGCAUGCCCGUCCAGGGGAGGCGCACCUCCUGCUACCACUGGUGCAGCGACUUCAUAUGCGCGCACGCCAUCUUCGCCGGCGGGUUCGUCACCGCGCCGGUGGCCGUGAUGCACCUCGUCAAGCGGCCCUACUCCGGCCACGCCAUCCUGUUCGCCGCCUUCGCCGCGUUCUGCACCACCCUCACCUUCCUCCUCUGCUGCAGCUUCUAUGCGGAGCUCAAGCGGCCGCCCUGGCCCCGGUGGCUGGCGCCCACGGAAGCGUCCACGGAGGAGCGCGAUCGUCGUCGUCAGCAGCACGGCCGCGAGUCGUCGCACGAGCAGCUCCGCCACCCCGAGCUGACGGUGAUGUCGCGCGACGACCUUCGGGCCGCUCUGGCCGCAAACCGCGUCCCGAGCUACGCCUACGAGCACCCGGAAGAGGGCGCCGCCGCUGAGUGCGCGGUGUGCCUCGGCGAGGUGGAGAAGGGGGACUCUGUGCGACGGAUGCCGCUGUGCCUUCACGUGUUCCACACCGAGUGCAUCGACCAGUGGCUGCGCUCGCACGCGACAUGCCCGAUCUGCCGGUGCAGCGUGAUCCCUCCGCCUGAACGGCCACCGGAGGUGGUGCUGGACGUAGGGUCGUGAUGCAAAUUAGUUGGCGCUCGACUGUCUAUGUACUCCAGCUCGAAAGAAAUUCGGAACUCCUUGCCAAACGUGUACAAAGUUUGUGGUGUAGCAACAGAAACACGGAAAUAGUGUCGCAGAUUGGAACUUUUUUUACAAGACUUUCGUUUUCAUGUACGGGCUACUCCCCUUAUCAUUACU